AUAAUUUACCUUCGCUAUCGUGGUAUUACCAAUGUUGUUUGAGUUGACAAAACGUUAUGAUCUUCUGAGAUGUAAUAUACCUCCGUUAAUUUGAGCAGAUCCGUCCCACAACAUUUAUUCCGGAAGUCAGAAACAGCGCGAAAGAAUGAAGAAGAGUCUGGAAAAUGUUUACGAGGCUCAAAUCGAAGCACUCCAAGAAGAGAUUGCAGCACUGCAAUGCCAACAGGACACGAAUGAACGAGAGAUCGCUAUGAACCUCACGGGAGGACGCAUGCAAGAUGCUCUGUUGAUCAUGACAGGUCAUCAGGAGAAGGAGAUGGGGAAAAGUCAGAGAGACAUCACAGCUCACCUGAAGACUGAGAUAAUGGAGAUGGAGGAAGAUCUCAUCAGACAGACCAAGCUAAACGGAAUCGUUCUGGUCAACUGCUGUGUGAAGACUGUGGAGAAAGGCAACAAGAAGAUGGUGCAACAACACAGGCUGACGGGCCACUGCUCCUUCUUAGACUUCCAAGUGGAGUUUGAGCUCACUGAUGUUCAGGAUGAUACUACCCUGGUGAGGACGAUCACUGACCUCAACAUCGUCAUGGACAGCACUGAGUUUAAGGACUUCAGUAAUUUUGUGUCUGGAGUGGAGGACAAGAGAGACCUGCUGCUGUUUUUCAGGACCCUCAGGAGGUUCUCUGACAGAUGUGAAGACAGACGUAGAACAUUCCAGCACUUCCAGGUAGGACUUUACUUAGUCCUUUUUUACUGCUCGUAUAGAUCACACCUGCCUCAAGGUAUCGUCUUCCAGUCCAGGUAUGACUGCCGUUAAACUCUCUCUAGUUGU